UACGAGAUAUCACAUUAUUUCCCGUGUAUUGUAUUGAGUUUUACCCUACGAGCGAGGUAAAGGGUUUUCCCUAGGGAUGGAAUGGCCCUAUUUAUUACUUCACUAGUAAAGUAAAAUAACAUUUCGCCGCAGUCGAAAUUUUCAAACCGGCUUACGUGUCUAAUGCAACAUUCUAUUGAGAAGAAUUUCAGGCUCAAAUUGAAACAUACUUAGUAGCUGUUAAGCAGACUUAUUAAGAUGUUCGCAAUAAGUGUUACGUUGAUUAGUGUCCAGUUAUUUCACCAGGCACAUCUACAAUCGCUACCAUCGCCAUCAUCCAAUCAGCUUGCCAACUAUGCAGCAACACAUCCGAACGACACAACCAUUUUUGCACAAAAUGUAUUCGGCAUCACUUAUCCGACAUUGAGUUAUUCUCUCGGUGUUAACGGUAUGCCGUUUCUUCAAGACCAAUUUCUAAUGGAAAAAUUGCAAUCGCUCAAUCGAGAACGGAUUCCGGAACGAGUGGUUCAUGCAAAAGGGGCAGGCGCCUUCGGUUAUUUUCAGGUGACAAAUGACAUCAGUAAAUCCACAAAAGCCAACUUUCUACAGCCUGGAAAACGAACGAAAGUUGCGGUGAGGUUUUCAACCGGUACUGGAGAAUCUGGUUCGGCAGACACCAACUUCGAUAUGAAAGGAUUUUCGGUUAAAUUUUAUACCGAAGAGGGAACACACGACAUCAUCUGCCUCAACUUUCCAGUGUUUCUGGUGAGAGACCCAAUGGCAAUAUUCGAUGCUGUUAGAGCACGUAAACGGAACCCACAAAGCCAUCUCUUCGAUCCUAAUGCACUGUUCGAUAUGGCGUCGUACCGACCGGAGAUGACAAUGUUUUUGUUGUUCUUUUUCUCCGACAUAGCGUUCCCGAAGUACUUCAGACACAUUGACGGCUUCGCCAUUCACACCUUUAAAAUGGUCAACAAGAAUGGUGAACCGGUCUACGUAAAGUUUCACCUCUUAUCGAAUCAGGAAAAGGAAUUUAUUACGCUCCAAGAAUCUUUCCAAUUGGCUGGAUCGGAUCCCGAUUUAAUGUUGGCCGACCUCUUCGAUUCGAUUGAAAACAAGAAGUUCCCGUCUUGGACGAUGAAAAUUCAGGUCAUGACCUUCGAGCAGGCUAAGGCUCACCCAUACAAUCCAUUCGACUCAACCAAAUUUUGGAAAGAGGAAGAUUUCCCAUUGAUCACCGUGGGAGAGUUGGUUCUGAAUCAAAAUCCAGAAAACUACUUUGUCGACGUAGAACAAAUUGCCUUCAGUCCGGGUCGUAUGGUUCCUGGUAUCGAGGCAAGUCCCGAUGGUUUACUCCAUUCCAGAAUGUUUGUCUAUCCCGAUGCACAGCUACACAGACUGGGAACGAAUUACGCUCAAAUACCGGUAAACAGUUGCCCAUUCAGUGCACAGACAUAUCAAAGAGAUGGUAUGAUGAAUGUUGGUCGAAAUGGCGGAGGAUCACCGAACUAUCAUCCGAAUAGUUUCCAUGGGCUUAAUUCGAAUUCAGCCAGUCAUGCGAAACAACAUGUUUAUGCUGUGAGCGGUGACGUAGAUCGUGUCGACAUUGGCAGAAAUGACGACUUUCUGUUGCCUAAACACUUUUGGAAGAGCCGGGGCUCCGCGGAACAGGACAGAAUCAUUGGUAAUAUGGCAGCUGUUCUUAGUCGAACGGUUAAGCUGGUACAGGACAAUGUCCUUAACAACAUCAUCUACAAUAUAGAUAAGGCAUUCGGAGAUAAAUUGAAAGCAGCAUUGAACUGAAUGCUGACUGUGCUCAGAGCAGAUUUAAUGUUAACUUAACUGAUUAAGAAAAGCUGAAGCCUUCAAUUGCAUUAAAAAUUCAAAAUUGUAACCCAUCCUC